AUGGCUUUCGACGCCGUUUCAGCCCUUGCGCUCCUCGCAUUCAUUGCCCUGGCCAGUAUCUUCGCUCUGUCCAGGGCUGGAGACAAACUCGAUCCUCGGGAGCCGCCCGAGAUUAAGAGCACGAUUCCGGUCUUAGGACAUCUAUUUGGAUUGCUCAGCAAAGGGGUAUCAUAUUAUUAUUCAUUAAGUCUCAAAAACCCAGAUCUUCCAGCAUUUACCGUCAACAUCCCUCAAGCGAAGACAUACAUUAUUACUUCUCCGGCACUUCUCGCGGCAGUGCAACGCAAUGCCCGGAACAUCUCCUUUGAGCCUCUCCUUGGCCAGGCCACCGAGAGGAUCGCUGGAUGCUCGCAGGAGACAGUGAACAAGAUUCGUCCAUUGCGCUCUGGGGGCGGUGGAGGCGGUCAAGACGUCGUUCACGCAAUGCAUCCUGCCUUAUUGGGUGACGGCCUUGACGAUAUGAAUGAAGCAAUGGCCAAGAACCUAAAAGUAUCAAUUGAUGAACUCGCAGCGGACUCUAGCAAGCCUACCAUCGACCUAUUCGAUUGGUGUAAAGAUGCAAUGACCAUAGCCAGUACAGAUUCGACGUGGGGUCCUCUGAAUCCAUACAAAUCGAAAUUCUUGCGUGAUUGCUUUUGGGAACUUGAUAACGGUCUUGGCCAGGUUGUGCUUAACUUCGCGCCGCAUAUCAUCGCCCGCAAGCCGUGGAAAGCUCGUGAAGCUCUUGUAAAAGCAUUCAAGGCCUAUCUGGAAGCCAAGGGCCAUGAGCAAGGCUCCAUGCUAGCAAAAGCCAGAUAUACUUCCUUGAGCGAGGUUGGACUUCCCAUGGAUGACAUAGCGCGUCAGGAAGUGGGCAUGGGCUUUGGCUUGUUGUCGAAUACCAUCCCAUCAACCUUCUGGUUCCUGUUUGAUCUAUUUUCUCGACCAGACGUACUUGAGAAGGUGCGCGAAGAAGUUCGCGCGAACGCUCUGCACAUUACAGAGGGCAGCAGCCGAUCUGCAAUCAUCGACCUGGCCGACAUUCGCGACAAGUGUCCAUUCUUCGUCUCUACAUUUCAGGAAUCCCUUCGUUUCAGGUCCAGGGGUGCCCCGACUCGCUACGUUUUUGAGGAUGUCUUGCUCGACGGUAAAUACCUGCUCAAGAAAGGCUCAACGCUCCAAAUGCCGGCUGUUGCAUUGCAUAGCCAUCCUAAUUCUUGGGGCAGUAGUUCGGCUGAAUUUAAGCCUACUCGCUACCUGAAAACCAACCCACGCAAGGUAGGCGGCUUUGUAGGGUUUGGAGUUAGUCCCAGUGUGUGCCCUGGACGGCACUUUGCCAGCAGCGAAAUACUUAUCUUUGCUGCUGCUUUGAUUCUGCGCUUUGAUUUCACGCCGACAUCCUCCUCCUCCUCUCCUUCUUCGUGGAUUGAGCCACCGUUGAACUAUGUGCUGGCGGCGUCUGCUACUCCGCCUAGCAAGCCGUUCUACGUGAAAGCGACACCAAGGGACGAAUAUAAGGACUACGAUUGGGACUUUAGGGUUACCCGGGGCAAGGGACAAUUCGGGCUUGUCAUCGGAUAG